AUGAACAUUCACACUGGUACAAAAAACUAUAAGUGUGACGUAUGCAGUAAAUCAUUCACUCAAAGAAGUGGUCUUCAAAGGCAUAUGAACAUUCACACUGGUACAAAAAACUAUAAGUGUGACGUAUGCAGUAAAUCAUUCACUCAAAGUAGUGGUCUUCAAGUGCAUAUGAACAUUCACACUGGUACAAAAAACUAUAAGUGUGACGUAUGCAGUAAAUCAUUCACUCAAAGAAGUUGUCUUCAAGUGCAUAUGAACAUUCACACUGGUACAAAAAACUAUAAGUGUGACGUAUGCAGUAAAUCAUUUACUCAAAGAAGUGGUCUUCAAAGGCAUAUGAACAUUCACACUGGUACAAAAAACUAUAAGUGUGACGUAUGCAGUAAAUCAUUCACUCAAAGAAGUGGUCUUCAUGCGCAUAUGAACAUUCACACUGGUACAAAAAACUAUAAGUGUGACGUAUACAGUAAAUCAUUCACUCAAAGUAGUGGUCUUCAAGCGCAUAUGAACAUUCACACUGGUACAAAAAACUAUAAGUGUGACGUAUGCAGUAAAUCAUUCACUCAAAGAAGUGGUCUUCAAAGGCAUAUGAACAUUCACAACGGUAAAAAAUAUCUAUAA